GCAGCUUGUUAAGAACGGUUGACAGUCCAGUCUUUAAGAAAUCCCGCCAGUAUCUAAUCCGAAAUUAUGGAUGAUGCUGCAGAAUAUCAAAAACUACGCCGAAACAUGGAGGGAGCACAAGGAUCGAGGACAGGACAGCCAGGAUCUAACGAUGGCAUUAGUACUGUAGUCUACAGUGCGGAGGGAGAAGAACUCACCAUCACCUGUGAGGCGGAGUCGGAAUCAUCUGGCCAGCGAGAUCAGUGGAGCAAGGGAGUGGAGUUUCUUUUCUCCUGCAUCGCUUUAUCUGUGGGCCUUGGAAAUGUCUGGCGAUUUCCCUUCAUUGCUCUUGAAAAUGGUGGAGGCGCCUUCUUAAUACCCUAUGUGAUAGUGCUCCUGUUAAUUGGCCGACCUGUUUACUAUCUCGAAGUGAUAAUUGGUCAGUUCUCAAGUCGUGGCUGCAUCAAGGCUUUUGAUAUGGCGCCUAUUAUGAAGGGCAUUGCCUAUGGUCAGGUGUAUUCCACCGCCUUGGCUACUACCUACUAUGCCUGCAUUAUGGCAUUGACCAUCAGAUAUUUGGUGGCCAGUUUUAGUGAGGAAUUGCCUUGGACUUAUUGUCUGGUUGAAUGGGGCAGCAGUUGUGUGGCCACAGGAGCUUCGGCGGCCAAUGAUACAUCUAUUGUGCAGGGUAUAUCAUCCGCAGAACUGUUCUUCACGCAAACGGUUCUCAGGGAACCUGAAACCUUGGAGGAUGGUGGCCUGGGAACUCCCAGCUGGGACUUGGUCUUGUGCCUCUUGGCCACCUGGGUGAUCAUCGGCACGGUUUUGUCCAAGGGCAUUCGCAGCUCUGGCAAAGCUUCAUAUUUCUUGGCCCUGUUUCCCUAUGUGAUCAUGUUCGUCCUGCUGAUCCGAGCGGUUACUUUGCCGGGAGCCUGGCGGGGAAUCGUUUACUUCUUAAAACCCCAAUGGGGUCAGCUUUUGAAUCCACAUGUGUGGUAUGCGGCCAUCACCCAGAUGUUCUUUUCGCUGGCCAUCUGCUUUGGCACCCUGGUCAUGUACGCCUCCUUCAAUGAUUUCAACAAGAAUGUGCACAAGGAUGUAAUCAUCAUCACCACCAUCGAUUCCCUAACAUCCAUCUUGGCUGGUUGCAUUAUCUUUGGAAUUCUGGGCAACUUGGCUCAUGAGACCAACACUACGGAUAUUUCCCAGGUGGUCAAGGGUGGAGCUGGUCUGGCCUUCAUUUCCUAUCCCGAGGCCAUUGCCAAGUUCAAGUAUCUGCCGCAAUUGUUCGCCGUUCUGUUCUUCUUCAUGCUGCUGGUUUUGGGAAUAGGAUCGAAUAUUGGAAUGGCCAGUUCGGUGGUGAAUGUGGUCAAGGAUCGUUUCACCCACUUGCCACAUUGGCUGCUCGCUGUGGGUGCAUCCAUAAUUGGCUUUCUGUGCGGCUUGGUUUACAUGACACCGGGUGGACAAUUUAUACUGAACCUUGUGGACUUUUAUGGCUGCACCUUUAUAGCCCUUGUCUUGGCCAUUGCGGAAUUACUGGCUGUGGGUUGGAUUUACGGUGUGAAGCGCAUCUGCAGUGACAUUGAAUUUAUGCUGAAUGUCAAGACCAGCUUCUACUGGCGCAUUUGCUGGGCCAUUGUGGCACCCGGGUUAAUGUUUCUGGUCCUGGUCUACAUGCUUUUCAGCUACGAACCUCUGACCUACAGGGGAGUUCAGUACCCACCGGCUUACUAUAUGGCCGGUUGGAUUAUCUGGGGCCUGGGCGUUCUGCAGUUGCCCUUCUGGGCUUUGGUCACAAUUUUCCAGCAGCCCGGCAAGACUUUAGGCAGUAAACUGAGAAUGGCCAUGCAACCCACUGCCAAUUGGGGUCCAUUGCAAACUCAAAAGUUCGAGGCCUACAUUCUUCACCGAAAACGUGAGGCAGAUUUUAAGAGUCCACGCGGCGGCUACUUAUUCGACAAUAUCUUUGGAUAAAACUCAAUUUUUGUUUAAUUUUAA